AUGUUGUCCACCACGGCGACGCUUCACCAUGUCACUCACCUCCCGGGCUCGAUAAGCUUUGAGCAAGCCGUGGAGCAGCUUCACAACCACGUUAUGCUUAUCCAGCUCGAUCCAGAAUAUAACACGCAUGAAGACCUACCGUCAGACCCCUCUGCGCCAAAGGAGAAGCGAUACAAGAUAACGGAUCAUAUGAAUGCCCUUCCAGCAGGGCUGUGGGGGACAACGGUGACGUUUGAAGCACACAUGACGGAUCUAGACGAUGGAGUGCUCUGGGUUAUCAAGGCGCCCAUGGGCCUGACGCAGAGGACUACGUGGAGGUGCUUGAAGACUGAGGGCCUAAGCGAAGAGGACAAGGCCACGGGCAUGAAAGACGGCGAGUGGAGCUUAGUUGAAGACGUGGAGAUUCAAGCAAAUCGUUUGCUGGUGGGUACUGUCAAGGGCAAGUGUGAAGAGAACUGGAAGGGCACGCAUAGCAGGUUCCUGACGUACUUGAGGGAGAGCGCGGCGUAG